GGCGCGGGAGGCGGGGAGGCGCGGCGCGCCGGGGACAGCGGCGGACGGCGGCGGCGGCAUGCGGCUUCUCGCGCUGCCCACCGUGGGCUGAGACGGCCGCAGCGCGGGCGGGAGGCGCGGCGGCCGGCGAGCCGAGGGCGCAGCCAGCCGGGCAGACCGUGGACAGCGGUCGGCGCGCCGCGCCAUGGGCCGAGCCGGGGGCGGGGGCCCGGGCCGGGGGCCGCCGCCGCUGCUGCUGCUGCUUCUGGGGGCCACGCUGGUCUUCGCCGCCGGGGCCGCGCCGGCGCGUGAGGCGGGCAGCGCCGUCGAGGCUGAAGAGCAGGUGAAAAGCGUCCUGGAAUGGGAGCCGCGUGCCAACAGCACGCGGGAGAAGGCCGGCCCACCAGCUGCUGGGGAGGAUGAGACCUCAUGGACUGCACCUGGCGGCCAGCCGGCUGUGGUGGGGCCUGGGGCCGGGCCAGAGGAGGCACUGGAGGCGUCCGCGGCAGUGACCGGCACCGCCUGGCUGGAGGCCGACAGCCCGGGCCUGGGUGGAGUGACCGCAGAGGCGGGCAGCGGCGACACCCAGGCCCUUCCAGCCACGCCCUCGGCUCCUGAGGAGGCCCUGGGACAGUCAUCGAUGCCCACUGUUACCCCCGAGGCUACAGAGGCAAGCGGACCACCCUCCCCGACUCCUGACGACAAGCUGAGCCCAGGCCCUGAGCUCCCCAAGGAGAGCCCCUUAGAGGUUUGGCUGAACCUGGGAGGCAGCACACAUGAUCCACAUGGGCCAGAGCCCACAUUCCCCGUUCAGGGCACACUGGAGCCCCAGCCGGCGUCAGAUAUAAUUGACAUCGACUACUUCGAAGGAUUGGAUGGUGAGGGCCGUGGCGCCGACCUGGAGAGCUUCCCAGGGUCGCCAGGAACCUCAGAGCACCACCCCGAUAGUGGGGGAGAGACCCCUUCCUGGAGCCUGCUUGACUUGUACGAUGACUUCACCCCCUUUGAUGAAUCUGACUUCUACCCCACUACAUCCUUCUAUGAUGACUUGGAGGAAGAGGAGGAGGAAGAGGAGGAUGACAAGGAUUCAGCAGGAGGUGGAGACCUGGAAGAUGAAAGUGACCUUCUGGUGCCCACUGAGAAGCCUGGUCUGGGGCCCGGGACUGGCCAGCCCACCAGUCGGUGGCAUGCCGUCCCCCCACAGCAUACUCUGGGGAUGGUCCCUGGCAGCAGCAUCGCCCUCAGGCCCCGCCCAGGAGAGCCAGGCAGGGACCUGGCCCCAAGUGAGAAUGGCACCGAGUGCCGCAGCGGCUUUGUGCGGCAUAAUGGCUCCUGCCGGUCAGUGUGCGACCUCUUCCCAAGUUACUGUCACAAUGGCGGCCAGUGCUACCUGGUGGAGAACAUAGGGGCCUUCUGCAGGUGCAACACGCAGGACUACAUCUGGCACAAGGGGAUGCGCUGCGAGUCCAUCAUCACCGACUUCCAGGUGAUGUGCGUGGCUGUCGGCUCAGCCGCCCUCGUCCUGCUCCUGCUCUUCAUGAUGACUGUGUUCUUCGCCAAGAAGCUCUAUCUGCUCAAGACGGAGAACACCAAGCUGCGAAGGACCAACAAAUUCCGGACCCCGUCGGAGCUCCACAACGAUAACUUCUCCCUCUCCACCAUUGCCGAAGGCUCUCACCCAAACGCCCUGCCCAGGCCACUGCCCUUGUCUUUGGGCUACUUCCGAGCUGGGGACGGCUCCUCCCAGCUCUGGAGGUGAGCGUGGGGAGACCAGUUUGGGUGGCGACGUGGGACUAGGACAGGGACGGUGCGCCGCUUCCUUGACAGGCAGCUCUAGGGGGUACCAAAGAUCUUUUUUCCAGGAUGACUCAGAAUUUUUAGCUUUAUCUAGACUUUAGAAGUCCGAUUUUUCCUUCCCAGGGUCUUUCUGCUCUCUGUAUGGAGAAGAAAGACUGUUUUCGUCGUGAGGGGAUGUCCUCAUGGUCACUGAAGUGAAUGGCGGUUGCUCUUCGGGAUGACUGGACCAGUGUCCUUUACACUGUCCAAGGAGGCAUAUUUACACUGGUUAAAGCUGAGGGGGGCACAGAGCACUGGUGUAAUAGUAAGUCUAGGGGUAAAUUCUGUUCUUGGGAGGAUGGGCUCGUAAGUAUCAGUUGAGACUUAAGAGAAGGUCUCAGUCGAGCAGUUUCUAAAGAUCCUGGCCUUCUAGUGUGUCUUCUGGACCACACUAACCGGUAAAGAAAGUACUGGAUACUGUGAGAGAAAAUCUCAUAAAUAAAGCAGAAACCGCCCAAGCUCCAGAUCACCUCACAUCCGAACCCGGGACUUCAGCAUGUGACACAGGCCCCGUACCACACGGUGAAGGCAUCGAUACACAGAUAAGGGGGCGAAACUCAGACUCACAAGCUGCCUGCGGCUGGGAAGCUUGCAGAAGAGCGGCUUGUGCUGCUGUGGGGACAGCACGGAACUAGACCACUGUUUUCCUCUGAUAGAUGGGGAUGGUGCAGCCCCAGGAAGGGAAAGAGAGAAUAACAGUAAACGUGACCUUGUUCACCAAACCCCAGGGAAGAACUUGGCCUGGUGGAGAAGGAGGAAAGGGGUCGACUUUAAAGAAGAAAUCAAAGAGGUUAGUUUAGGAUAAUUUGUUAAAGUCUUUGAUACAAAGGGUAGAGAAGCAGAUACGAUUUUACUGGGUAUGCACCGAGAUACUAAUACGUUCAAGACCAUCUAAUAACCCAGGACGUCAGAUGUCUUAUAAACGUUCAGAUUGAUAAGCACUUUAACCAGCCCUUGAGGUAGGCACCUUGAGGGCAGGAAGAGCCUCCCUCGCCUCCAUACACUCCAUCCCUACCUUGUUCGGCCCCACACGGUGGUACAAGUGUGGUCGCCAUUUGUGGAACGCUGGCAAAAGAUGGCCUAGCGGGGCCUUCUGGUUCCACUGUACGUGUGAGGUCACCUGCCAGACCUGUAUGGUGGUUCCUGGUUCCACUGUACACGUGGGGCAGCCCGCCAGACCUGUCCGGUGGCUUCUGCAGGCAGGGUAUUCCUUGUCCAGAGAGCAAGGGUCCUUAGGAAAGUUUCUGAUGCGUCCGUUGUUCUGGCAUCCCAGGUGUAGACAGACAACUUUCCUUUUCCCGAAAAGGGAGGGGAAGGAAAUAGCUCCUCCUGAAGGUCUCGGUGGCAUGAACCAAUGUAGAACCAAUGUAGGUUCAAAGGCAUGAACCUUUGUAGAAGGUACGGCGUUUGUCCAGUAAGGCUCCCACUGACCUUGAGUUCAGAAUACCACAAGGCUUAAAACUGGAGCCGCGCACGGGCCAGUCCACCAUGGGGGACUCCGCCUGAGAAGGACCUGAGAAGGGGCGGUCCGGGUAGUGCUUAGGACAUCCCUCAGUGGAGGGGCAAGAUGAGGCUCUGGGGGUCUCCCGCCCCUCCUGGAUCUUGCAGGUUGUGUCAGCCUGGCAUCUUGCGCUCCACUUGUGCCCCAGGGGACAUCCUGUCCCCUCUGCCAAGGCUCUGAGUGUGAGAGGGGCCGACUCUCCUGUCCAGCAGGGCGUGUACCCCCGAUCUCCUCCCUUCAGCUCUUCGUUCUCUCCACCCAGCCUGCAAGUCAGACUUGAUCGUAUUCAAGACCUUGUGGGCACUGACGGUCCAGACAGUUGCCACUUCAGUUCCAAGUGAAGCCCUGUCGGGCGCUUCCUUCCCCACCUGCAGUCGCCCAGUGCUACUUACUCCUCACCUGGGCUCUGCAGCAGGCGAGCCGGUGGCGGCAUGAGCCCGUGAGCCUGCGUGCAGCCAAACAGCCAGCCCCUGGAAGGAGCAUCAGGAGGGAAGGGAGAGCCUGUUCUCCUCCGCCUGUGCUAUGGAGACCUGCGAGUUCUCCAGGAGCAACGGCCAGUGUGUGGGAAGCGCAGCGUGGCUAAUGUCACCUGAAAUCCACAGGCCAAUGCCGCGCGCCGCCCCGUUGGAUCUCACAGCCGUGCUGUCCACGGAAUGUCACGGAUAUGACACGGUCUUCCCAAGAUUCCACAGACCUUCCAGGAUUUCAGUUUAUUCCUCACUAGCGCAUCUCUGUGGUGUCCCCUGUGCACUCCCUCCCCAUUUCAAUCUUUCUUCCUUCCGAGGCUCUAUUUCUUUCGUGCCCUCUGCUGAGGGAGGUUUGUGUCUGGACAAGUGGGACUCCAGGCCUGAACCCACACCACUCCUGGCCUGAGGGAUCCCCAUUUGGCUGGAGUGGAAUGCCAGGAAGGGGAACACGAAGCAGUUCCCAGGAUUUAGGCCAACUAGAGGGCCAGCUCCCUUGCCCUGAGGGAUUUCUGGCACUUCAAAGGCAGAAGGGCCUUCUGCUGAGGAAUCAGCAACCCUAGGCUUGCUAGGAUCCAGUUCUGGCGGAGACACUUGGGCUAGCACAGCUCUGUCUUGGUUCAGACACUCCCUCACCUGCCCUGUUUGUUGGAAGUACUUAGCUUGUCUAAUAGCAUUGUUUGGAUACCUGUAUUCCUUAUUUUUAGAAUAUACUCAUCCCACCUGUUGGCCCAGAAGUCCAUUUUCUCAUCUGUCUAGAUCCCAGGAGCCACGCUUAACUUGGGCCCCCACCUUCAAGGCCUCACAGCUUUGAUGCCCAUGUCUGUAGGCACCCCUAAAUAUACUUUUCUUUUUCUUUUUUUUUUUUUUUAAUUUUCUUUAUUUAUUUGACAGAGAUUACAAGUA